AUGAUUAAAAACUUAUUCUUGAAUUACUUUGCAAACCCAAAUGAUAUUGUGGAUACAAAUAAGAGUGAUCUGCCUUCCUCGGAAGAGCUGUUUGAAAUGUAUGGUGGUAAUGCUAAAAAAAGCAAAUCUUACGAUCCAUAUGAAGAAGAACCCAUUUUUGUUUCCUCCGAAAAAAAGCCAUCAUUUGACAUUGAUUCAUUCAAAAAUUCACCUUCCUCCUCUGUCAAUAAAGUAGUUAAAAGCCAGUUCUUUUCACUUGGGUCUGUGCCAAGCAGUAAAGAAAGUUCUUCUGGAUACUUUUCUUCUCCUUCAUCUACCAAUAACAGCAUCAAUGAAGAUUUUUUAUCUAAUUCAUUAGCAUCUGAUUCCUCAAUUCAUGUCCUGACUUCACCAGCUGAACCAGAAAGAGAUGCAAAUCUAUUAGAUGAGUUUGCCAAAAAGAAACCUACUGAAGUUAGUCCAGUGCUGAGUGAGGAUAAAGAUAAGGAUAUUCCAAAAACACCUAACGAUAAAAAAGCAUCGGUAUUAGACAUUUUCAGCUCAGAAUCAACUAUAGCCACUUCCACCAUUUCAUCCAUGCAAAAAUCUGCCAAAAUAUUGUCCCAAACUGCAGAAGUAUCUGUAGUAAAACUAAAACCAAGGAACUUAUUCUGCAAAAAGAAUAAACUAAUCACCACUAAAAUAGAAGAUUACAAAUGGACGAAAGAAGAAAGCCCUCCAAAAGCAACUGAAGCUGAUAAAAGUUGUCAAAAAAGUAUAGAAGAUUCUCCAAAGACAGACAGUGUGGAGAAAAGUCCCUUGAAGGAAAUAUCACCUUAUUUCUUAAAUAUAAGUGACAAUCAGAAACUUAGUGAUGCAUCUCAAGAUGAUUCUGUGAUAACUAUUUUAAGUGAAACAGUGAUGAUCCUGAUCCUAUUGAAGGAAAAUCCUCACCCAAUACUGAUGUUAAGAAGAAUACAAAACAUUCCAGUUUAA